GACCGCGACAGUUCGUCUUUCUGUAACGCUCCCUCGUAUUUCUCGUGUGUGUGUUGCACACUCUUAUUCCAGUGUCUCGAUGUUUUUAUUAUAUAAUGAUAUAUACCUCUUCGUAUUUGUUCGGUAUAGUUGAUUUUGUUUCGUAUCUGUGUUUCGAAUGAAACUGAAUAUUUUCAAAAGAAAUAUAUUUAAAUAAAAACAAGAGGGAAGCAAAAUCACGAUGGAUUCCACGCGAAACAUGUGCCAUAUUAACGAACAAGAGGCAGAAGAUAAGAAAAUUGAUAAUAGACGAUUAACGCACGAGCCUGGACCGGAAGACGAGAUGGAUGAAAACGGGCCAAAGACGCUCAUAAUGGAGAUAUAUCCGUGGAUAUUACAAUUCAAGAGAAUGUGCCGAAACUCUCUCGCUCAGCGAAGCAUCUCGUCGUUAAAAAGCCUCAUGACAUUUUUCCUUCGAAAUGCUCGGCCAAGCGUCCCGGAAUGCCACACGAAACCACUCAGGGCGGAAAAAUUAAAAGAUUCCAUUGGCGAAACUUUGCUAUUUUUUUUGUAUUAUUAUCGUGACGUCGGUGAAUUAAAAGAUAGGGAUUGUUACUUGAUCGGCAUGUCCGAUCUUCUGGCUCUCUACAUCGAUAUGGAGCUCAAGGCAUCGAAAAAGGGAAAAGAACAUUACAGUAAAAUAUCGGCCAGACUCUCGUCAUGUCUUCAUGUUUAUCUAGAACAUUCGACCGAAUAUCUGUUGGAAACACUUCUAAAAGUUCAUUUCAUGAACCACAACUAUCAGGAAAUAUUGGAUCCCGUUAUGACAAAGGUAUUCAAGACUAUAGAUGAGCACCCUGACUCGAGCAUAAUGUACGUGCGCUACUUUCUCGCCUAUCGAUUAUGGAAAAAAUUGAACAAGGACGUGGCGGUUAGGAAUCAGAUAAAUAUAAUAGCUCUGACCUCUCUUGGUGUCGCACCCAGCGACUUUCCAACCUUCAUUCUCGAAUCCGUACUACCGCAAGUGCCAAAAAACCAAAAAAUAUCUACGAAAUUACUGCUCCUUCAAAAAUUUGAAAUAGAAAAGGCUUGCGAAAUGUUUUUGAACUUUUGCAACGAACAAAGAGGACAUAAAUCCAACGACGAGACGCGCUUGGCUGGAGCAAUCGUUUCUAUGCCUGAAGAGAAUAACGAUCGGCGGGAUUUGAUAACGAGUAACAAUAAUUUUUCGAACGUAACGAAUAACGUAGAUUCGUCAGUAGCGAAAACGUCAAUAAAACAAUCGUGUCUAAAAAAUUCAUUGAACAAAUCGUCCGUUAGGAAAUCGUCGAUUAGCACUAGCGUGUCUUGUUUGGGUAAAAGUAAAAAAAUCAACGACAUAGUAUUCAUAGAUCUAACGAGUGACGUCGUAACAGAAAAAGUAAUAAGAAAAAAAAAGAGUCGGAGGAAAUUGACGUGGUUGGAGAAAACGAAAAGCCGAAUCAGCUCGAAGAUCGCCAUGAAGAAAAAUUCGUCUACCGAAGAUUCGUUGCGACUUCAGGAAGAAGAAAGCGGUUUGGGUAUCGAAUCGUUGAAUAUUUCGGAGCCAACUUCACUCAAGAUUGACCAUGUCGGGGAGGAGGAAAAUGAGGCAGAAGAAAGAAGAAACGUCAAUGAAGAUGCAUUCCAAGUAAGGUCGGUCGAAAACACGGAUGAUAACGCGUGCACGAUGACGAACAGCCUCGUUAAUAAAAUCACUCCGAGUCUCGAGUGGAGUAAACUCGAGAGCGGGAAGAACGAGAAGAACGAUCGUAUAAAAGUGGACAACGUUGGAAAAGAAAAAGGAGACAUUUUGGAGGUUUCAUCGAGUCCCGUCCAAGUUUCAUCCAGCCAAGUGGAAAUGCCGAGCCUCGAUAUCGAGGCUCCUCCACGUCCCACGGAUCAAUAUUCCCGAGGCAUUAAGCUUGAUGACACGGUCGAAUUGGCAUCGUGCAACGAUGAAAAGACGAGGGAUAUUCACCGGCCGAAUAGGAAGGUAUGUACGAGCGAGCAACAAGCCUCGAAAGAUAAAACACUCGUGGAAAGGAACGUGCCACCGCCGCCACCGCCGCCACCGCCGCCACCGCCGCUGCCGUCCCAACCGGCCGUAAAGCAGGAGCGGCACCAGCAGCGUCUCGAUGCUUCCACCGAUGAAAUAAUUGAUGAGGCUGUGGUCUCGAGCGGGAUGGAAGUUCAAGUGGCUGAAUACACCUCGGAAAUAUCCCUCGUCUGUAGCGAGCCGGCCGAAAGCGAAAUGAAAAAAAUACGGGAAACGGAGUUUCAUGAUAACAUCGAUGGUUUGUCACUAUUGGCGAGUGUCUCCCAGAGAAUUUCACACUUGGCGACGACUCCGAGUCCUAUAAAUCGACCGGAAGUUAUAAAAGUCAAAAAUUACGCUUCACUGGCUAACGUUAACGUAAGGACGAACGAAGAGCCCGAAUCGUCGAGCGAGACAAUGACAUUUUUCAACAACCCCGAACGUCCGAUUACUGAAAAAAACAUCGACAUUUAUCCGGAAAGCGCGAUGGACAAAGUAGCUUAUCAAGUGGAAAUAACAUCGACCGAAGAAACCGGCUUGUAUCCGAGCUUCGAUCAAUCCAACGGUGGGCUCGUGGCGUUUUCGAAUAUUGAGGAAACUCGUUGCAAUUCUCAUUCUCAAGCGAUCGUCGACAGUACGAAUCUCGUGGAAAAAGACGACACGAACGUUAUUCUCAACGGUGAAACGGUCGUUCUCUUUCAAAAGUCGCCAAAUUCAAAUCUUUAUAUAAUAAACAAAGCGGUUGAAAAUCGUGAUCACGCUAAUGACGAAGCGGCGAAUCUGCUUCACAGAGAAAUUAACGAUCGCGUCAAUGAUACAACGGGUUUUUCUUACGAGAUUUACGACAGCAUUUAUCGCAGCCAAGUUGCCAGCUACGACAUUAAACAAUACAACAGAGAGAACAAGUCCAGACAGGAAACUCGUAGGAACAAAAUAAAGCCCGAGGUUGAAAAUAAAAUUUGCGAUUCUCUCGAAGUGACGAAAACCAUUGAAAAGCUUGACUCGAUCGAUGAUAAAACUAGGAUCAAGAGAAAAUUGAGUAGUUCUUCGAAUAUUUCACGAAGAAGAAGAAGAAGAAGAAUAAAAGAGGAAUUCAACGAAUGUACGAGCAGCAACAUUUCGAGCCGUAUAAAAACCAAUUACGGAAUGCAGUCGGACUGUUCUUCCGAGCAUCCCGAGCAAAAACACUCGAUUCACAUUCCCGUUGGACACUCGACACCCAUUUAUACGAAAUAUUCAUCGGCCACUGAAUUAUAUCUUCCUUGUCACAAAAAUUGCAGCUCGAUCGCUUGUGGCCUCUCUGUUAAUUCUCCAACGCCUAUGCGACGCGCGCAUUCUGCCAAUAACACAAGCCCAACUCCUCGAUGCAGCUGCUUGAACUGUGCCUACGACAUAAUGACUCGUUGCACCGAAUGCAUAAUUCCAAACGGCGACGCGAGGACAACCGGUAUCGAGCCUAAUUCGUAUUACGUCCCCUUGCAUUCUGGCAAAAAUUCCAACGUUCCGGAAUGUAACGGAACUUCAGUCGUAAACCGUGAUACCCUUGCAAAGAUGUACGACGAUCAAUUGGUCUGUAAUUUCGAGCAAAAUUUAUUGAACGAUGAUAAACCAUUGGAGAAUUCGAUAUACGAAUCUAAGGAUAAUUAUCAUCGCGCUGAACUGGAUAACAAACUUCCGCUUAAGAAACGAUUCAAGGCCAUCAUGGCGAUGUCCUUCGUCGAGGAUGAGCCACUGAUAAAACUUGAAAAAUUACAGAGUUACCCCGGUACGCCUAUGCUCUCGAUCGCAGCGCUACAAGCCUCCUCCCAGAAUCCGAUCAAAAGUUCUGAUUUCGUCGGAUCCAAUAAAAAUUCCCUCGGCGAUGAACUCUCGGUGAAACUUGACAACCCGCUCGAUCGUCCGAACUCUCUAUCCGGAGAAAUGGUACGCAAAGACCAUCCAAAAGAAAUGAUUUUCGUGACGCCGCCCUCGCCGCCGCCUAUCCCGGGAUCGAUACAGACCACCACCUCCUCCCAACGAUCCAGUGCCAAACGAAAACGAUCGCAGAAUCCCGCGGACAUGAACGAACCCGAUGGUACAGACUACGUGAAAACGAUGAAAAGCCCCCCCGCGGACUCUUACAAACGUUCUCCAACCAAAUCACUAUCCAGGAUUACCGAUAAAUCCGAUAGAGAAACAGAAACGGUUAUGUCCAAGAAAAAAAAAUCAACCAGGCAAACUCGAAGCUCCAAAAGGAACGUUCCAAAGGUUAAUUAUAUUUAUACCGAUGGCGAUUCUGACUGGAAUCCGUCCGGUGCCGGUGUUACUGAAAAUUCUCUCAACAAACGGAAACGCAAAAGAACAAGUCGAUGAUCGUUGUUGUUAAACUACCCGAGCAAUGCUUCUCUUUUUACUUAUUUUUCCAUCGUUUUAUUAAUCCGCCGGAACAGCAACAAUUCAGGGGUGAUUUUUAUGAACGUUUUCGGGCACACAUCGUACAAGAAAGAAAUUUAACAUGUACGUUCGCUCGUUUGAGAAAAUUGCGGAAACGAGGAGAAUGAUUUUUCAGAGCAAGCAUUAACGGGAACACUCGCACCUGACCGUUCGCAAGGCUGUGCUAUUUUACAAGAUAUUCAACAAAAACAAUUGUACAUAAUAUUCAAUGUAAAUACUAAGUAAUUUUAACAUACGAGACUUUUCAACGAUUAAGAAUCAUCGCAAAUUUCUUGUCGGAAUUCCCAUUUUUUAUUUUCGCCAAUAGUGAAACAAAUUCAUCCAACAUUUCAAUGAACGAUGUCUCUGCUGUGUCGAUAAAAAGAAGUACUCCCGGAAUAUUGUCGCAUUCCCGACGACUACGCACGUCCGUUUCUCUGUUUCUAGAGAAUGAAAAACCUGACCGCUCAUAUAUAUUUCUCGAAUAACAAAAUUCUCAAGAUCAAAUUUUUAAACGAGAUUAUCUAUAUAGACAAAAGUUUGAGAGAGAGAGCAAGAAAAUCAAGCUUCGGACAAGAAAAAUGUACAAAAUAUCGGUCUUGGAUGAUCAUUGUUAACUCUAAAUAAUACAAAAUUAUGAUUAUUCAAUAGAAACAGUAAAAAUGCGCGAAACGUAAUAUUAUAAAAUGCAAAGCAGUCAAAAUGUCUUUACCGGUAUGAUAAAAAUAUGAGCUAUUUCGAUACCAUGUGUUGUUCGAUACGCUGUGAACUCAUUACGUAGCUCUGGUCACAAGGUGAGUCGUUAUUGACAAAAUUUUCAAAAUAUUUAUAUUCAUCGAUAUUGCAUUAUAAAAUAAAAUUCUGAAUAAGAAGAAGAUGUGAGAAAAGCUGACGUAAACAUAUUUGAUCAAACGAAUGAGCUAAUUUGCCUGCCAUCAGAAAAUCGAUGAGAAAAACAUGAAAAAUCAACCAGUACGGUGAUAAUACAAUAGACCAUUGCGAAAAGACGAAACAAAGUUCAUAAAAAAAAAAAAAGAAGAACCCGUGAAAAGCUCAUUAAUUUUAACGUGAUGAUUA